ACCAAGGCAUCACUCGAAUUCUGCAAGCCCUUCUCUGCAAGACAAACACUACAACCAUCAAUCCAGUGCAAGUACUUUACACAAACGUCCACCUACCACACCUCGACCAUGGCUAUCGGCAUCUUUACCAUCCUCGCCGGCUUAGUAGCCUUGGCCGCUGGGUAUUUCUACUUCUUCGGUAUCUCGCCCGAGAUGAAGCGCAAGAUGGAAAACCAGGCUCUCAAGACCAUGGGAGAGAACAAAAUGUCCUACAUGGCCAAAGACUCCAUCAACAAGAUUCCCUCCUCCGACCAAGAAGACGUCAAGAACCUGAAGAGUGGCAUCAGCAACCUCGCGGGUGGCGCCAUGCAGAACCCUAUUGGAGAGCAAGCGGGUGAAUCUGCAGAUAGACUCACCAGUCCUCUUACUGGCCGCUAAUGUCUUUUCUUUGUACAGCCCGUGCGGCGACCCAGGCCUGGGAUUCGGCGACGAACUUGUCGAAGAGUGUUGCGGACCAAGUAGACUGGAACGCCGUGCAGAGCUACCACAAGGCGGCGCUCGAGCGUGUCUCGACCAUGAUGGGCAAAACCAAAGACACGACGCAGCACAAGAUCCAGAAGAAAGCCGAGUAAAACUGCAGCAAUGGGGUGAUACUGUGGGACAUCCAAAUGGGGAGCUGAAGUAUGGUGGGGGCCUUUUUCUUUUGUGUCAAUCCUGGCAGACUCCUCCAGCGGUUUCUACUCUUUCCUAACGACCGUAAAGACUCCUUGUAAUGAUCACGAUAGUUUUCAAUGAACUCCAAUAGUCCAUAAAACAUGCCCGAUGCUCAUCCCAUCCAUACACUACCAUUCCAAACACCCCACCAUACGCCCUCCCAGCCCAACACAAUAGCCCAGAACAUUACCUGGAAGCUGGUCUUCUUUGUCUUGUGCUGGAAGUAAUGCAUACCUGCCAGCGCGCCCGGCCAUCCUCCUAUGAGCGCCAAAGUGUGCAACGUAGUUUCCCUAACUCUCCACUGCAGGUUACGAGCUUGCAUCUUAUCAUAGCCAUAGAAGAGAAAGGUAAUUCCGCUGACAACGCUGGCGUAGAGGAACGUGUAGAUUGGGAAGCGUGAUACGACGUAGAGGCGAAGGAUUGUGACGGUAGGAAGGAUGAGCGAGGCUGUACCGAGCACUGUAGCGAUGGUUAUGGGUCGGUGGCGGGGACGCGCUCGUGGUACCAUGAUCGCGGGGCACAGAGGUAGUGCGGUGGGAGAAAGGU